CUGUUAUCCGAUACUACCUCACCUUACUGGGAUACUUUUCACAUUCACACCAUCUUAUCCUCUAGGACACGCCAAUAUUUGAUGACGUUUGUUUUGCCGAUUGUCGGCUUCGUACAAUAAUGGGUUUUGUGACGGUUUAUGAGAAGCCUCAUUCACAAUAUUUUAAAGCCAACCCAGUAUCCCUGGCUUUCUUCGUUCAGCUGGUCCUAUUUGUGAUAACCAUUGGUGUUCCGAUCGUUUUGGUCGCUGUUAAUCCAGAUUCCUGGCCUCUUUAUACAACAGAUUACGAGCAACCUCGUGUGCAGUACCAACAGAUAGCUCUUGUGAAUUUGCAACUGGGAAAUGGAGACUCUUUGACAUGGAGCACUUUGCCCGCGCUUAAUUCCUUGCAACAACAAACGUACCGCGCAGCUAUUUUAAAAACAAAAGAGGAAGACGACAAUGGGGAUCGCAUUCCUGAGCGGCUGUUGAUUUCCCUGGAUAUGCCUUUGCAGCCUAACGAGCAAGUUUUUGGAAUAACAUUCCUAAUAUUUCUUACACUGGGUUUACAAAAGCGCACGGACUUCGAAAUGGCCACGAUAGCAAAUGUUCAUCAUUCGGCCAUUUCUCCGGGAGUCACAUUUUUUGCAGACGCGAGUGUACGGUUAAACCAGCGUGUGCCGAUUACACAAGGAAUCAUUGACAAAACUCUACUGGUUCCGGCGCUUGAUUUUUCCUCUAAUGAUAUCGAGGAUUAUUCUAUCCCGGUUUUGCUGAGGACUGUGGGAAAAACUAAUGUUUCUGUUGGAAUUGACCCCGUGCAGUCAGUAUGGAUAAGUGGUGCCGGUUCAGGCAGCGGUUUUCGUGCGGAGAUCAGUUUAUCGUUUCCGGUCACUCCCAUCUGGUUUUCCACGACAAUUUUGCACCGCCUCUCCACAGCCGGAUCAUUUUAUGUAUUCUGGUUGUUGCCUUUCUGGCUCGCGGCCUGUCUCUUCGCACGAUACUUAUUUUCCUAUGGUUUAAUUCCUACCAUUCGCCACCCGGAGAAGUACACCAUGAAAGCUUACAGCACCACAGAAAGAUCACACCAACUGUAAAUUAUACAUAAAAAGAUAAAACGUAGGCAUUAUCAGUUACGUCUCCGAUCUCCUGGUCUGGCAUAAGUCUGGUCUCGUUCGAUCUCAGAUUUCGAUCUCAGUGUCUGUUGGGUUAGUAUCUCUACAAUAGUUGUGUUUAAAUAUCACAGUUGUGUUGUCGCGAAUUCACUCUUUUGAUCUGUUCCCGGUUUCCAUUGGGGAAAAUAAACGCAGAUA